AUGCACACAAUAAACCAGACAAUAGUAAACACACGGACAGAUAGACACAAUCAACUUGACAACCGGACCUCCGGACAGAAGCACAAACAUCAGGACACAAAUGUUGCCAGCCAAUUUGAUGGAGAUCUUUGCAAACAAACACCCAGGCACCUGAUCAACCGGACGCCUAGUUACCCAAACAGAAGGGUCCUCUUUCACUGUGGGAUAGAUAAGACACCAAGACAGGUACCAAGUCCGUUCCAGAUCAGCACGAGUAUUCUUAAUUGGGCAGCAGUGGCCGGUCGAAUGGUGACCGAGUCGAGGCAUAACGAAGAGACGAGAAUGACCAUCUCAGGAGGACAAACGGACAGACGGACAGACGGACAGACGGACGAGAGAUUCACAGUGUCGCAUUGUUCAUCUUCCCCUGGAACAACUGGUACAUGUAGAACAGGAUGGGCGGGCGGAAGCACACAGACUGGCCAUUUAGGAAGCUGA